UACAAACACCCAAAGGCUGCUGCUGUUUUUUUUUCUUACAUCUGUAACAAGUGAACGGUGAUAUUUUUCUUCGCCACCAGGAGACCAACAGCAUCACCGAAAUAAAAUAAAAGUUUUUAAAAUGGACAACAACAGCAAAAUAAUGAGGAGAACUAUCAGCAUAUUACUUGUUUUCAAUCUGUGGAUAUCUUUAUCCGCCGCAGAUACCUUUUGUCUUGAUAAAGUUACCGACGUUCCCAACUUGAACGACCAAAUACAGAAAGAGUUACAAGCGAGCACCUUUUACCUGGCGGCGUCUCAUUAUUUCGAAAGAAGUGAUAUGGCUUUGCAUGGCAUUUCUAAAUUCUUCCAUAAAAUGUCCUCUGAAGAGAAAGGUCAUGCCGAUAAACUGAUGACCUACAUGAACAUGAGGAAAUCUCCACCUAAAACCCCAAAUAUUUCGAUUAAGGAUAUUUGCGACCUAUUCAGCAAAAAUGAUAUUUGCUUAGAUAAAAAUAGUGACGAUUGCAAACAUUUGUACUCAGCAAAAAGUGACGAUUGCAAACAUUCGUGCCCCGCAAAAACUGACGAUUGCACAAUUUCGAGCCCCCACAAAGUUUGCACUGAGAUAACAGGAACAGAGCAUACCCAAGACAUAUGUAAGAAAGACAACAUUCCCCUAUACGUGAUGAAAUUAGCGCAUAAAUUGGAAUUACUGGUCUAUGAUAAACUGGUUAACAUAGUUAAAGAAUCAAGCGACGAGGAGUUGAAACAUUUUAUUGAACAUGAAUAUCUAGACGAGCAAAUUGAGUCCAUCAAACAAAUCUCCGACUACGAAAUACAAAUGGCGAGAUUGGGAUGUGGUUUGGGCUUCUACAUUUUCGACCAGCAGUUUCUUCAGAAUGACGCAAAGAGUUAAAGCCACAGAUAUUCACAUAAUAUACAAUAUAUAACGUCAUAAACACUUUCUCUUUCCUCCUCUCCUACUUUUCUUCUUUCUUUCUUUCACUCUUUCUGUCUCUCUAUCUUUCUUCCUUUCUCUCCGGUUUCCGUAUUUACUUUAAACUGAAACAUAAAGAUCGAUCCUACUUUCCUAAACAGUUAUAAAUGGAUGAAAACAACAUCCUUUUCACUAACACUAGUAGCCAGAUAAAAGAACGAUCUAACUA